UUCAGGCCCAUUAUACUUUCCCAAAUCAUGUUCGAAAUUUGAAAUUUGAAUAGCGCUGACUUGUAGUCGAAUAUUAGUUGAAUAGCGCUGACCUCUCUCUUUUCACAAUUUGCAAUUUCUUCAUUCUCUCUCUCACUUUCUUCGUUCUCUCUCUGUGAAAGUGAAAGUGAAACCCAGUUGUGUUUGAGUUCACUAAGGAAAUCAAAAUCAGCGAAACCCUAAAUCCACCCACCCACUCUCUCAUUCUGAUCGAUUGAUUUUCAAUUGAUCGCCUUUUCACUUUCCUCUCUUUUCUGAGUUGUUUCUGUGAAUUUGAAGAGUUGUGUUCUCUGUGUUUGGUUCUGGGAAUGAAGGGGAAAAUGGAAGGUGAUUUUCAGUUCAGGUCGAAUUCAAAUUCUUUGGAUCUUCUCUCUGAGGUUGCAGUUGUUGUCAAAAAUUGGGAGGAAGAAGAUGUUGAGAAGGCCAUGUCCAUGGCUGUGAGAAGCCGCUGCAACCCACUUCAGGGAUUUGGGUUUGAUGGGUAUGUGGCUCCUGACAAGGCCACGAUCAAGAUAACGAAUAGGGUUAGGGUUUCAUCAUCAUCAUCAUCUGCCUUGGAUAUGUUGCUUCAAGUUACAAGCAAUGAAUUGAUGGAGUUUAAAAAAGCCAACACCUUCAGUGGCAUAUCAAUACCAAAGAAGAAAAGAACAAGUCUGAGGAGGGGGAGGACAAUGCUAACUUCCUUUCCAUGCUCUUCUCAUGAUUCCAUCCCACUGCAUCAGAUACCAAGGAAGAAAAGGUCCAAUCUGAGGAGGACUAAAAGGGCUUUCUUGCCAGAUUUUUCUCAUGAUUCCACCCUCCAAGUUAUAAAAAAGGCUAUGCAAGAAUUAGAAAGGGUUUUGGCAGAGAAGGGUACUGUUGACUUCACACUCUUCCCACUCAACGACAUUUGCAUACCCAAGAAGAAAGCUGCCAAAGUGAAUCCAAUGAAGCUCUGCUCAUUCCGGCUUAAUUCCCCUUCCUGUUCAAGUACUUCUUGCAUCAGCCAGGACUGUUAGUGCACUGCAUACAUAUAAGGAGUAAGGUCUUUUAGUUUUGUUAUAGAGAUUCUUGGGGUUUCUUGCUUCUGAAACCAAUUCAUUAAUUGAUUACACUGUAAAUCAUUAUUAUAUGGUUGAUGGAAUUUAAUUGUUCUGUUUUUCUU